GGAACAUAUAUACAGGAACAGAAAGCAGAGUUAAAAAACAAUCAGAUCACAAGAGCAGCAUAAGACAACGGAGAGGGAAGCACACAAGACAAAGCGAAACAAGCACAAAGUUAAGCUCAACCGCUUCAAGAAAGCUAUGGAAGGAGAAGAGAAAAGUGCUUUUGAUGAUCUCAAACAGACAGCAACAUCUCCAGAACUCAGCAGCUGUGUGUCUAUGAAGUCUAAUAACUCCAUAUCCACUCCUCCUGUAUUCAGUAAUGGAUCAGUGACCUCUGACUCCAGAAAACAGACAGCAACAAGUCCAGAACUCAGCUAUGUGUCUAUGAGAUCUAAUAACUCCAUAUCAACUCCUCCUGUUUUUAGUGAAGGAACAGUGACCCCAGACAUCAGGGUGUAUCAUGAUCUGAUCCAGUUUCACUUCAGUUGUGGUGUAUGUAAGCAGUAUUUUAGGGAUGCAGUCUCUGUCAGCUGCGGACACAUGCAGUGCAUUAGGUUAUACUGUCAAUCCGGUCAUUCUGGAGACUUUGAUUGUCCCUAUAGUACCCAUCCUGACGUUACAAGAGGGUCCAGUUCUGUCAAUACUCUGGCUGUGGUCAAAGAAAGAUACAAAACCAGCAUGAAGAACAAGUAUGAGAACCUAUCUGAGGUCAUCAAAUCACAAGAGAAUCAAACCGUCCUGAACCAGAUUUACACACAGCUGUAUAUCAUAGAAGGUGAAAGUCAAGGUGUGAAUGAAGAACAUGAGAUUUUACAGAUGGAAAAAAAUUACAAGACACUCCAAGACACUGCAAUCAACUGCAAUGAUAUAUUUGAUCCCUCAAUUGAACCAAGAUCAGAAAUCAAUCAAAAGCCAAAGAAAAGUUUAAAGACCGUCCUUACUAAAGGCAUCGCUGGAAUAGGUAAAACCGUCUCUGUGCAGAAGUUUAUUCUGGACUGGGCUGAAGAAAAAGCCAACCGAGAUGUGGAUUUCAUGUUUGUGUUUCCGUUUCGAGAGCUGAACUUGAUCAAAAAUGAACAGUACAGUCUUCACCAACUUCUGCUUGACUUUCAUCCUGAACUUAAAGAUCUGGACCCAAAGGUUUAUGAAGAAUGUAAAGUUGGGUUCAUCUUUGAUGGUCUGGAUGAAAGCAGAAUUACAAUGACGUUUUCAGGUUGCAAGAAAGUUUCUGAUGUGACUAAAACAGCAUCAGUGGGUUUGUUAAUCUCAAACCUCAUCAUUGGAGAACUGCUUCCCUCUGCUCUCAUCUGGAUAACCUCCAGACCAUCGGCAGCCAAUCAGAUUCCCUCUGAAUUUAUCAACCGUGUGACAGAAAUCCAGGGAUUCACUGACCCUCAGAAAGAGGAAUAUUUCAGGAAGAAAAUCCGUGAUGAGCAUCAAUCACACAAAAUCAUCUCGCACAUUAAAAAAUCCAAAAGUCUUCACAUCAUGUGCCACAUACCAGUCUUCUGCUGGAUCUCAUCUAUGGUGCUUCAGAACAUCCUGAAAAAAGACAACAGUGCAGAAAUUCCCCAAACUCUCACUGAAAUGUAUAUACACUUCCUGCUAUUUCAGAUAAAUAUGAGGGGUCAUAAGUAUGAAAAUGACCCAGACAACAGAGAAAUGAUUGUAAAACUUGCUGAACUGGCUUUCAAACAGCUGAUGAAGGGCAAUGUGAUGUUUUAUGAAGAGGAUCUUAGAGAGUGCAGCAUAGAUGUCACAGAGGCUUCAGUGUAUUCUGGGAUUUGCACUGAGGUCUUUAAGGAGGAAUCUGUGAUUUAUGAUAGGAAGGUCUACUGCUUUAUACAUCGGAGCUUUCAGGAGUUUCUAGGAGCUUUGUAUGUGUUUAACUGUUACUUAAGUCAAACUGAACCAUUGAAAGGAUUUGAUUCAUUGCAUCAUUUGCAUAAAAGAGUAGUCGAUAAAUCCCUAGAUAGUGAGAAUGGACACCUAGAUCUUUUUGUCCGAUUCCUGUUUGGAAUUUCACUGGACAACAAUCAAAGACUCCUAAAAAAUAUUUUGAAAUACACAGAGAAAAGUUCAGAAAGCAUCAGAAAAACUAUUAAUUUUAUUCAAGACAAAAUCAAAAAUGCACAAGAUCUCUCUGCCAACAAAUCCAUCAAUCUGUUCCUUUGCUUGCUUGAAUUAAAUAAUCAGACACUCAGCAGAGAGAUUCAAGAGUUUCUGACAUCAAAGAAACACUCCGAUAAACUCUCUCAUUCUCACUGCUCAGCAAUAGCUUACAUGCUUCAGAUGUCAGAGGAGCCGCUGGAUGAGCUGGAUCUUAAGAAAUACAACACAUCAAUGGAGGGCAGAAGAAGACUGUUACCAGUUGUGAUGAACUGCAGAAAAGCUCUGCUUAACUACUGUAAUCUUACUGCUCAGUGCUGUGAAAGUGUGGCCUCAGCUCUACAAUCAUCAGAUUCAGUCCUAAAAGAGCUCGACCUGAGUAACAAUGACCUACAGGAUUCAGGAGUAAAGAUACUCGCUGCUGCAAUGAAAAAUCCAAACUGUAAACUAGAGACACUGAGGUUAUCUGGCUGUAUGGUGACAGAGGAAGGCUGUUCUUAUCUGGCCUCAGCUUUGAAAUUAAACCCUUCACACCUGACAGAACUGGAUCUGAGUUACAAUCAUCCAGGAGAUUCAGGAGUGAAGCUUCUCUCUGAUUUACUGGAGGAUCCACAUUAUAAACUGGAGAAACUCGGUGUUGAACACGGAGGUCCCUCCAGGUUGAGGUGCACACUGCGGAAAUAUGCCUGUGAUCUCACACUGGAUCCAAACACAGCACACAAUCAUCUCAUUCUGUCUAAUGAGAACAGGAAAGUUAAACAUACAGAAGACAUACAGUUGUAUCCUGAUCAUCCAGAGAGAUUUGAGCACUUUGAGCAGGUUUUGUGUACAGAAAGUCUGACUGAGCGAUGUUACUGGGAGGCUAAAUGCACUCAAAAAAAUAUUUAG